GACGUGGUCUCGCUGCUGGUUGGGAUCUACGGCUCGAAGGAGAUGUUCAUCAAGGAGUACAAGGAGAUGCUGGCAGACCGGCUCCUGGCCAACCCAACUUACCACGCGGAGCGGGAGAUGCAAAACUUGGAGUUGCUGAAGACAAGGUUCGGGGAUGCGGCGCUGGUUCACUGCGAGGUCAUGUUGCAGGACAUUAAGGACUCGAAGCGUGUCAACAGCAAUGUCCAGCAACUCAAGGGCGACUCUCGUGGGCCAUUGGGUCCCAUCCACCCCCUGGUUCUUUCGCAGCACUACUGGCCACCUGCGCUGAGCAAGGCAGAUCACCCACGCUUUCGGCUGCCUGCGCAGCUGGAAGACGCCCUUGCAGAGUACGGAAACGCCUAUACCAAGACGAAGGCAAAACGUUCCCUCCAAUGGCAGCGCGCCCAUGGAGUCGUGGAGAUCACU